UCUCAGGAUGGUAGAGGUGUGUGUGUGUGCGGCGGAGGACAGUGACAACAUAGAGACCCAACGACAGCAGCAGCAGCAGGCAUGGAGGAGGGGGCCACUCCCGACCCAGAGUUUGUGGACGUGGACCAGGGCAUGACGCUGGCCUGUGUGGCCUUCCUCUGCCUUCUCCUGGUGGCCAUGAUCAUCCGCUGUGCCCGUGUCAUCAUGGACCCCUACAGCGCUAUACCCACCUCCACCUGGGAGGAGCAGCACCUGGAUGACUAGCGGGGAACAAGCUGUGCUGUUACACAUAUAGCUACAUCUGUGAGGGUGCAGACGCACAGGCACGCAGGGACAUGCACAUGAACGCAAGCGUGGGUAAACACGCACAUGCACAAAAGAAAGGAGUAGAGAGGAGAGCUUGACCAGAGAGGAGAGUAGAAGAGAGGAGAAGAGAGUUAUGGUCCCAAACAGUAACACUGCCUGUCAACACAUCUAUUGUCUGGUAUCAGUCAGUACUUGAGAAGCGCUGGACUGGAUGACAAUCAACCAUGGUCUGGACGCAUUACAGUCUGUGUCUACACCUUCACCCUGUAAACUGCUUCCUGUACACACUAGGCAAUACUGGUCAUGAUGAUGAUGAAGAGAAAGACUAUUUAGUACUUUAGGACUUUUUCAGUUAAUUUAUUGAUCUUACAAAACAUCUGAAGUUUUGUACAUUUUAUAAGGAAAAUAACAAUGACUUUGUCUACAUAAUAGUACUGCUCAUGAUACAGGGCCUGUGUUUUUCAGCUUAUAGACUAAUAAGGCUCAGAGAAACUUUAUCCAUGUGUCAUGUCUGAAAAUGUGUCAGGCAAACAGUAUUGCAAAGUAGUGGGGAAAUAAUGUCAUCUGUUACAGUCUAUACACACAAACACACACACACACACACACACACACACAC